AUGUUUGCCCAAUUCCAAUACUCUACACAACAUAUUCAUUGUGGCACUUACUACUUAUUUUUGUCCCUCUUCCCAGGUGGCGCUGAAACACAUGUUCCCAUUGUCGCUAACCACAAUAACCAGAUCCGAUUGAAUAUCGGGGACCACUUAAGGCUCGAAUGUCCCGUUCACAGCACCUCAUCCGGCAGUUUGACUGACUUCGGUGAAUCGGGGACCAAUACAAUCCAACAUGAUGAGGCUUCUGGUGUGCUUUACCACUGGCGUGUACGCGACCGGCUUGAUUACACAUUGGACUCAGAUCCACGUUACCGAUUCAGUCAGAACCGUCGAGUGCUUGAAGUCACUGUGCCGUUGGAGGUAGCCGACUCGGGGACGUACACAUGUACCGGAGUUACUGGAUUCGGGAAAAGGGAGGUUACUUUUGAGGUUCACGUUCGAGAUCCAGACUCCAACCUACUAUGUGCCCCAACACCACGAACCCAUCAGAAUGUCAAAGCCCCUUGUUUCCUGGAUCCGUUAUUGAAACAAAAUCCAGUGAUAACCGUUGAACAACCAGUUGGUUCUACGGUCAAAUUAAACUGCGAAGCCGAUGGAACCGAGCCUAUUCGUUACCGCUGGUUUAUGGGCAACACUGUCGCGGACUGGAUCACGACAAGUCAAGGUGCACGUGGACCCAUACUUACAAUCGAUCAUGUGGGUCGUGAGCACACGGGACACUACACUUGUCAGGUGUCCAACAUCGGCGGGAGUUUGAACUACACUUAUCGCCUCGUUGUUACUGAUCCGGGAUUCCUGAAAGGAAGGCGAGUGCUAUUCUAUUUUCUCAUCCCGUUUGGACUGCUGUUCAUCAUUUUGGGUCUCGUCGCCUAUGUGUUCUUCUGCCGUCGCAAAGGCUCGACUAGAAACUCCCUAUCUUCGAGCAAUGAACGUUGUAUCUUGAGAACCACUGACCUCAGCUCACAAGCUUACCACGUAAUGCUGAAUGGCAAGAAGACCUCCAGCCUUCAAACAUCGUCCAGGCAUUCGUCCAAUAGUCAGGUGACUGGCAGACAGCCGUAUGCACUUUUAGGUAUACAGUCUCCUUUGUUGCAAAGUGAAAUAAGGCCAGCGGCAGCAACAAACGGAAUAGGGCAGCACAAUUCUUUGAGCGAAGCGUCCACACGUCCAGCGUAUUAUGCGGUCGGCGCACCUCAGGGGCAAACGACUGUUACACCUCUUAUUGGCAUGCCCAAUACGACUAAUCAAAAUUCGAAUAGUGAUUUCAAUAACGCCGGGAACAAUGCAUACUUUCCUGUGUCGCAUACAUCAACCCAAAGAAAUCUGCCUUAUCCACCAACAGUUCCGGUGACAAUGUUCGGUGGGAUGGUGGAACAGCAACAGUUUUUCAUGACCCCUUCCGGACCAGUUGCUUCCAAUUCCUCUGGGUACGAAGGAUCCAACGGACAGUUUCAUCACUUCCAACCUGUACCCUCUUUCUCCUCGUCCUCAUCCAAUCAACGAAUGAACGUUCCAAUUGCACCAUCAAUUGCCACAGAAAUUUCUUUCGAUCAAUAUUCUGCCGUUAGUCAAGGUCAAUUAUCUUCCGGUACACUAACCAAUCAUUACACUGCUCCAUUCAACGAUUACUCUCGGGGGCAUGGUCCCGAAAUGACAGAUAAUACGGGCAACAUGCAACACAACUUUCCGAGAGCAUAGAAUAAAGUUGGAAAGACAAUCUUUUACGUACUAAAUGGAACUCAAGCCUGGGUAAAACUUGACGGACCACAGCAAAUCAAACGACGCAAAAGAUUAUAUAACCACAUCUCAGGCUUAAGCUGUGAAUAAUGACUUCACCCGCGGUCCACUGCAAUGCGUUGCCUCCUUCGAAUUAUCGCGAACCGUCACUGAUAUUUUCCCGACAUAUCUACCCAACUCCUCACCGAAUCCCGACCAUAUGCUGCGACUUACUUCACGACCCAGGACCCAUUGAUUUGCAUUUGAAAUUGUCUACAGGGUGUUUUUUGCUGCAUUUAUCUCCGUGAUCUUGUAAAGUUGAACACGGUUACCAUGUUUCGAUAGACCAUUAUUUUCUCUUGUUCAUCGUCCCCCCUUAAUCCGUACAAAACCUUGGAGAAUUGCGAUGACGGUUGCUACGCAACCGGCGCUACUUCCCAGUCUUGUAUGCUUCAUCCCUUUUGCAACACCUGCUAUAAGUGCUCACAGAUGUACAAAGAGUAUUACCG